AAUGAUAUGUGGGGGAAACAAAAUGGGCUGGUGUUUAAGAUAGCUUCUGAUGCACUGGAUUCAACAGAUGGACUUCGGACGUGUAAAGUUGAACUCCCAAUGUGAAGAAGUGAAUCAACAAAGGAGGGGCUGCAGAUCAAGUGCAUAGAGAGGUGCACUGAGACAACAGCUGAAUGCUUCGGACCCCAGCAGAUGGGAAGAAGGCGGUUCUCAGGUUUGGAGGUGACUCUCAUGGUCAUGUUUGCCUUGAUGUCUGUGGUGGCCGUCACUCUCAUAGUUCUAUAUGUCACUGGAGAACCUGGGGUCCUUAAAGAUGAAGCUACUGAUGCAUUCGUUCCUCAGUGUCCCACCAUUCCUCUGGCUGAGAGAGUGGACUGUUUCCCUGAUGCUGGAGCCUCAAAGCAAGGAUGUGAGCGGCGUGGAUGCUGCUGGAGCCCACUAGACGAGAGAAAUGUUCCCUGGUGUUUCUUCUCAACCAACCAUGGAUACACAGUGCAAUCAGUGGAGGAGCCAAAUCCUUACGUAAGGAAAGCCCAGCUGAAGAGAAUGGCCUCUCCUUCCUUAUUUGGGGCUGAUAUACAGGAACUGUCAUUUCACGCGGAAAUGCAGUCAAACAAUCGACUCCAUUUCAAGAUCUAUGAUGCCCACAGGCGGAGGUUUGAAGUCCCCCAUGAGCACAUCAACAGCCUCAACAGUAACCCCUCCAGCCCCAUCAGUAACACACUGGAGAUGACACACAAACCCUUUGGCCUCACUGUGCGCAGGAAGGAAAACAAAAAAGUCCUGUUUGACACCACAAUGGCUCCGCUGGUGUUCGCAGACCAGUACCUACAGCUGUCUGCUAAACUUCCAUCCCAUAACAUUUAUGGCUUGGGAGAGCAUGUGCACAGACAGUAUCGCCAUGACACAAACUGGAAGACGUGGCCCAUCUUCACUAGAGACGCCUUCCCUAAUGGGGGAACACAUAACCUCUACGGACACUAUCCCUUCUUCCUCUGUCUGGAAGACGAGAGUGGAAAGUCAUUCGGGGUCUUUCUCAUGAACAGCAAUGCUAUGGAGGUGACUUUGCAGCCUGCUCCCGCUGUGACCUACAGGACGAUUGGAGGAGUCCUUGACUUCUACAUUCUGUUCGGAGACACGCCAGAACAAGUGGUGCAGGAGUUCCUUGUGCUCACUGGCAGGCCUGUCAUUCCUCCCUACUGGUCCCUGGGUUUCCAGCUUUCUCGGUGGGAUUACGGCAGCCUGAGUGAGGUCAAGAAAACAGUGGAGAGGAACCGUGCCGUGGCCCUCCCAUAUGACAUUCAGUACACUGACAUCGACUACAUGGAGGAUAAGAAAGAUUUCACUUAUGACAAAGUCAAGUUCACCGAGCUGCCUCAGUUCGCUGACUACCUUCACGAGAAAGGACAGAGAUACAUCCUCAUCCUGGACCCUGCAAUAGCUACCAGUAAGAGGGUAGGGAAUGCUCCAUAUGAGUCCUACGACCGUGGAACUGCGAAGAACGCCUGGGUCACUGAAUCAGAUGGAAAAACUCCUCUGUUAGGAGAGGUGUGGCCAGGAGAGACUGUGUUUCCAGACUACACCAGCCAAAACUGCAUCGACUGGUGGGUUGAUGAGUAUGAGCGAUUCUCCAGGGAGAUCAAACACGAUGCCCUCUGGAUUGAUAUGAAUGAGGUGGCUAAUUUCAAAAAAGGGUCGACUAAGGGCUGUGCUGACAACAACCUCAACUACCCUCCCUACACUCCAAAGAUUCUGGAUGAGGUGCUGUACAGUAAGACUCUGUGUAUGGAUGCCAAGCAGGCCUGGGGGGACCACUAUGAUGUCCACAGUCUGUAUGGGUACUCUAUGGUGCUGGCGACGGAAAAAGCUCUGCAGCGUGCGUUUGGAGGAAACCGUACCCUGAUGUUGACCCGCUCCUCCUUCCCAGGUGUGGGAAAAUAUUCGGGUCACUGGCUGGGGGACAAUGCUGCCAACUGGAACGACAUAAAAUGGGCCAUCCCUGGCAUGCUAGAGUUUGGGCUCUUUGGGGUUCCCUAUAUUGGAGCUGACAUCUGUGGAUUCUUUGACGACUCCAGUGAAGAGUUAUGCCGUCGCUGGAUGCAGGUGGGAGCUUUCUAUCCCUUCAGCCGGAACCACAACGCUCAGGGCUACAAGCCCCAGGAUCCAGCUGUGUACGGCCCUGACUCAACGCUGGUGAGGAGCUCUAAACAUUACCUGAGGAUAAGAUACACACUUCUGCCUUACCUCUACACACUCUUCUACAAAGCCCACACCACAGGGGAGACCGUCGUACGUCCUGUCAUGCAUGAGUUCUUCUCUGACAGCGCCACCUGGACCGUGGACCGCCAGUUCCUGUGGGGAAAACACCUGCUCAUCACACCUGUACUAGACCCGGGUAUGGACAGGGUGCGGGCAUAUGUCCCAGAUGCUGUGUGGUAUGACUAUGAUACGAUGGAACGACUGCCGCACCGCAGAAAUCAUGUUGAUAUGCAUCUGCCGGCUGACAAGCUUGGUUUGCACAUCAGAGGUGGUGCGAUCCUCCCCACGCAGAGACCGAAUGUCACCACCACAUACAGUCGACGUAACCCCAUGGGUUUGAUCGUCGCUCUUGACGACAACAACAAGGCAGCCGGGGAGCUAUUCUGGGAUGAUGGAGAUUCCAGAGAAACUGUUGAAACAGGCAAUCACAUCCACUACCACUUCAACGUUGACUAUGGAGUGCUGAAGAUGCAGGUGACCCAUGCCGGCUACAAGGACCCAAACAACCUCAAGUUUGAGGACAUUACUAUCCUUGGUGUGCCUCAUCCUCCAGUCUUCGUCUCUGUGACUCACGUUAGCACUGGAACAUCUGGAAACUCGACCACCCCUGUGCCGAACACCGGCAUACAGUAUGAUGAUGCCAAAAAGGUUAUGUUCCUACGUGGGCUCUCUCUGACUGUUGGGGAGACCUAUCUGGUGCAGUGGGAACUGGAGCCGAAGGAGAACAAACGCUUUGACUGCCAUCCAGAGGAGCAUGCGGAUGAGGCUAAUUGCAAGGCCAGAGGCUGCAUCUGGGAGCCAACCAACAUUGAACGUGCUCCAUGGUGCUUCUAUCCAGAUGACUAUGGCUACUCCAUCACAACAUCCGAAGAAACCAACUCAGGCAUCACAGUUGAUAUCACUCGGAACAAGAAGUACAUGAGCAGUGGUCGUCCAGAUUCACCAGACAUUGACAAGCUCCGUGUUGAGAUCAGAUACCACAGCAGAGACAUGCUGCAUUUCAAGAUCUGGGACCCAGCCACAGAUCGUUAUGAGGUUCCAGUGCCACUGUCACUUCCCACUCUUCCUGAGACUGACAAGAGCAGGAGGCUUUACAGGGUCGAAAUUACCAAGAACCCAUUCGGCAUCCAGGUCAUAAGGAAAAGCACAGGAACCAAGAUCUGGGACUCCUCUGUGCCAGGUUUCACAUUCUCAGACAUGUUCAUCCAAGUGUCUACUCGACUGCCAUCAGAGUUUGUCUACGGCUUUGGAGAGACGGAGCAUCCUACCUACAAACACAAUCUCAACUAUCACACCUGGGGCAUGUUCUCCAAGGACCAGCCUCCUGGUUACAAGAUGAAUUGCUACGGAGUGCAUCCCUUCUAUAUGGGCCUUGAAACCACUUCUGAUGCUCACGGGGUGCUGCUGCUGAACAGCAAUGCCAUGGAUGUCACUUUCCAGCCUACUCCGGCUUUAACUUACCGAACUCUGGGAGGCAUCCUGGAUUUCUACAUGGUCCUAGGACCUACACCUGAAAUGGUGGUGCAGGAGUACACUGCACUGAUUGGACGACCUGUUCUACCUGCCUAUUGGUCCCUUGGGUUCCAGCUCUGUCGCUAUGGUUACGCCAAUGACACAGAGAUAGCAGAGCUAUACCGAGACAUGAGGGCAGCGGGUAUACCCUAUGAUGUGCAAUAUGCCGACAUUGACUACAUGGACCGUCAGCUGGACUUUGUUCUGGACCCAGAGUUUGAUGGACUGCCUGCUCUGGUUAACCGCAUGAGGGGAGAGGGCAUGAGGUUCAUUUUCAUUCUGGAUCCAGCCAUCUCAGGCAAUGAGACACGUCAUUACCCUGCCUUUGUGAGAGGUAAAGCAGCGGAUGUCUUCAUUAAGUGGCCCCAAAACAUCAGUGAUGAAAUUGUGUGGGGGAAGGUUUGGCCAGAUUACCCCAAUGUCACAGUAAAUGAAGAUCUGGACUGGGAUACCCAAGUAGAGUUGUACAGGGCGUACACCGCAUUCCCCGACUUCUUCCGCAAUGAAACAGCAGCGUGGUGGCAACAAGAAAUCAAGGACUUCUAUAAGAACACAACAUUUGACGGCCUUUGGAUUGACAUGAAUGAACCUGCCAGUUUUGUCCACGGCACAGUCGGAGGAAACUGUCUUGGCAAUCCUCUUCUAGAGAACCCUCCAUAUAUGCCACUGCUGGAGUCCAAACAUCGUGGCUUAAACCAUAAGACCCUGUGCAUGAACAGCGAGCAGAUACUCAGCGAUGGAACGAGAGUCAGACACUACGACGUCCACAACCUCUACGGCUGGUCACACACCAAGCCUACCUAUGACGCCCUGCUGAAUGUAACAGGUAAAAGAGGCAUAGUGGUGACAAGGUCCACUUACCCCUCUAGUGGAAAAUGGGCUGGACACUGGCUGGGAGACAAUGCUGCAAACUGGGACCAGCUAUACAAAUCCAUUAUAGGAGCACAAAGCUUGACAGGUGUAGCAACGGUAACUCAGGGGGCGGUGCUUAGCAAACGGUCAAUUAGACAAGAUCCUGUUGCUUGGGAUGCCGCCUUCGCAGAGGCAUCCCGUGACGUCCUGAACAUCCGUUACACCCUCCUGCCCUACCUGUACACACUGAUGUUUGAGGCUCAUACUGAAGGAAGCACAGUAGUUAGACCUCUCUUGCACGAGUUUGUGGAUGAUAAAACCACAUGGGACAUAUACAAGCAAUUCCUCUGGGGACCUGCUCUACUCAUUACCCCUGCCCUCGACCAGGGAGCCACGAGUGUGGAUGGCUAUGUUCCUAAUGCACGCUGGUAUGACUACCACACGGCCAAAUAUGUUGGAGUGCGUGGGCAAAUGGUCAGCAUGCCCACACCAUUGGACCAUAUAAACCUUCAUAUCAGAGGGGGGUAUAUCUUACCCUGGCAGAAACCAGAGAACACCACGUACUACAGUCGCAAAAAUCCUUUAGGACUGAUCGUUGCCCUGAGUGACACGGGAACUGCUCAAGGAUUGUUCUUCUGGGACGAUGGAGAAGGAAUAGACACAGUCGAGCGAGAGCAAUAUCUGCUGACCUCCUUCGAAGCCACACCGAACAACUUGACCAGUUAUGUCGUCCGCAAUGGCCUUAUCCCCAAGGACCGGUUGAUUCUGGGUGAGGUGAAGGUUUGGGGCGCAGGAAGUGUUAGGAUCACUGGGGUGACCCUGAUAGAUGAAGCUGGAACGGUGCAUCCACUGACCCCACAGCACAACGUUGAGACUGAGGAGCUGAUUGUAGAUGCUACUUCAAAGUCUGUUCGUGUGGAUCAGCCUUUCUCCAUGAGUUGGACAACUGGCGCCUGAUCAACAGUGCAGUUUUUGUGUUUUUACUGGUUAAUAAUUAAUAUACCUGUGCAUAAUGGUCCAUUAUGGUGGAAAGUAAAUGCAAUGUUUUUUGAACAUGACAUCAUUUCAAUGUACUCCUCUCUUCAUUGAUGAGCCGACCUGUAAAUGCUAUAUUUGGUUUCAUGUCACAACCAAACUAAAGCAUUUUUUUUACAUUGCUGUGCCAUUAAACCUUCAGUAACAUUACAUCAGAGUACAGGCAGAAUCAAGACCAAUAUAUGACAUGUUUUUACAAUAAAUCUCUUUGGAUGGUAA